CCAGGUACGUGUCCCCCAGUGUCUGAGGACCCUCCUCCCUCCAACGGCCCAGUAGUGGGUCUGGGGGGUGUAGGUCUACCAGGGAAGCCCGUGUUCCGGGCGGCGGCGGCGGUGGUAGUGAGCGAGGAGCAGAUGACCCGGCCCAUCAAGGCGUUCACAGCGGAGUUUGUCCGUCAGAUGCUGAUUGGUCUUCCCACCCAGACCCUGGGUCUGUCUCUCUGCAGCACUCUGUCCGCCCUGGGUCUGGAUCUCACCGCGCAGGUGGAGGCCAAGGACUUCGGAGCCGACGGCAAGGUGUCGCUGGAUGAGUUGUGUAAGCAGACGGUGGUGCAGGGUCUGGGCGCAGGCCGUAUGUCUCAGCUGCUACUGAACAGAGGCACGGUGCUGGCGUCCUCCUACGACACGGCCUGGAAGAAACUGGACCUGCUCAGACGCCUGGAGACCAGCCUGGACGCUGCCAAGGUCUCCCUGCAACGCACCCAGCUACACAUCACCAUGUUCCAG